CGGCACGUAUGGCUGAUUUGCAACCCGCUGAAGCAACAGUGGAGAAGAAGAGAAAAUGUCGCUGACUUCAACUCGGACCGUUCUAGGAUCAGUGGCCUCUUAGGGAAAAAAACAGACGCUAGUUCGAAUAAAUCUUCUGCUGUGAUGUCAGGAGUAGUUCCAAGUAUCAAUAAAAAUAAUACAUAUUGUAAAUGAGAGGUAUUUUCUUGAUAAAAACAAAAAGAACUGUUCCCCCUUUUUUUCUUUUAGCUAUUGUUAUCAGUAUUAAAACUGUAAUAAGAUUAUGUGUCCAGGACUUCAAGAUAAACCUGAGCUAGUACUUAUACCCUCUUAUUUUACUCCUUCUGCUUGAAAAGACAGAUUUUUUGUGAAAAUAUGGACCCUGCUUCCAGGAUGGUGGGUCUGGAUCCCCAAGCAAACAUGGUUUUCACAGUUGUAAAGCCAGUUAUGAGCAUCUUUCAGGUAUCCCCAGAGCAGGGCAACAACAUAUCUCAAAGUGGCAUGGGCAUGCAAAGUUUAUCUGAAAAUCCAUUAGUCCUCCCUCAGCAGGCACAAGGUCAGGCUCAGUUAGAUCAGAACCAUUUGGAAAUGCACAGCACUCAGCCUCAUGUUCAGCCACAAAUGCAGGCUACUACCCAGCACCAAGGGGAAGAGGUCCCCCAACACCAGGAGGUGUCAGCAAACUCAAGCACAAACUCUGAGUCUAAUACCGAGAUGCCCUUUGCGGAAGUGUCUUCUCUCCUGGAUCCCAACAUGAAAGGAUCCAAAGCUCGAAAAUAUCUCAUCUCAUAUGAUGAAAUUAAAAGACGCCUGCAGGCCCCAGAGAAGAUGUCCCUGCGGUCUCUGGCAGCAUACACUCGGGUCAGCAGAGGCCCAGCCAGCAAAAAAACACUUCUGGAGUCACUGAAUGUCCUUGGCCUCAUGCCCAGCACAACCACCGCAGUAUCCUCCUCCUUCUCCAAGCUCACUGAAGGUGACACCAGAGCUCUGUGUGAAGAUAUGAAAGAUUUUUCCCAUGAUUACAUUGACUACAGUAACAUGGCUAAACAACUCAUCCCUGAGAUGAACACAGUUCAACACUGGUCCAAAAUUAUUGAAACAAAGAACCAUCUUGAGGACAUGAGAAAAUGUUUCAAGGACCCAGUAAACAGCGGUGCAUUUGACAACGUCACUCAUGGCCUCGGUCUUGGAAUGUUGGACGUUGCAUUAGACAUGAUCGUCAUGGUAAUCGAUCAGCAGAUCCGCAUCCUGUCUGGUGCAGCGGCGUCAGACCCCGUUGACUCGGGUCUGCCGUCUCGUCGCAUUCGCAGGCGCCAACGCAAACUGCGUUCGUCCGACAACGAGAGAUCUCGCAAUAUUUGUGGGGGGAUGAGGGAGCAGGGGAAGGUCGUUUUAAAAAGCAAGGGACAAGCCAGAGACAGGAAGAAGAUAAGGAUGGAGUCAGGAAACUCUGAAGUUGUUGUGUCCCACGCGGAGCAGAGCAAGCCGGAUAAUGUUCAGAAUAAUGUCCUCACCCUGGUCUCUGUGGGUUAUGAAACUGUCUCUAGUGGUAUGAAUGCAGCUGGAACUGUUUGACGCCUGCUAAAAUCGCUAAUUCACACAGCUAAUCUAGGACAAAACACCAGCUAGACCAAACCACUUAAACUCCAAUGAAGAAAACAAGUGCUCAGUCACACCCUGAUGCAUCUUUUACUGUUUUCAGACACUUAAACUCUUUUCAAAAACCAGAUGACAUAUUGAGGCUUCUAGACAUUACUCCCAUUUUUCUCAACUUUCUCCAUGGCUAUUUUCUGCUUAUUAGUAGAAUAUCUGAAAAUCACUGGAGAGUAGAUUGAUUUUGAUAUAGUAGGAUUAGUUAGUUUGCAGUGGUUGAGUGAAACAUAUAGAUAUACAGGUGUGUCAUUAAUUGCUGGAAAGUUAAUUUAUUUCAUCAUAUUCAUUCAAAAAUAGACACUUAUGUAAAAGUCUUACAUGCAGUGAUGCAUUUCAAACAUUUAUUUCUAUUAUUUUGGAUGAUUAUUGAAAACCAAAAUUAUUUUUGUUGGAAAAUUAGAACAUUUCCUUGGAAAACAAGGAUUCAAAGGCUUUGUUUUGUGUCUGCCAUGCAAGCAUCGAGUGAGAUCCUUUUCUCUAUGAUUUUGUAGGCCUUAACUUUCAUGUAUUGAAAAUCAUUUUUAUUUUCGCUCACCUAAUUCUGAGAGACUAAAUUUAUAGUUUCAUUGCCUGAAAGCCACAAUGUUUGGGAUAUUUACGUAAAUGCGUACUUAAAAAAUAAAUGAACUUGUCAUUGAACUUCUUCAGAUGCACCUGUGUAGCAGCAUUAAAUGUUAGUAGAAAGUCACAUGAUUAAUUAAUCUCAUGAGAGAUGAGUGGAAAGCUGUGUAUUAGCAACAAGGUAUAUAGUAGCUUUGUCAAAGAAGGUAAUAAGUGGCUGAGCCAGCCACUGAUUGGCUUUGUGUACCAUUAAUGAGAUUUUCCUCUUAGACUUUGAUUGUAUGAGUGUUUGUAGGGAAGCAUUGUUCAGGCUGUUACUGACCAAUACUGACUUAUGGUUUUCUGUGAGGUUGGAGCUGCUGAUUUAUUUAUUUAAAAUUUUUUUUGGGGGGGAUAAGAACUUUCACUCGUAUAAAUUCACCUAAUUUGUUUUCAUUCAACAACUGUACAUACUAAACACUGAUUAUGAAAUAACUAAAAAUAGUCCAAAGGUUAUUAAAAGAGAAGUUUUGAAUCUGAAAGAAACUAAACAAGUUGCCUCUUAUCCCUAUUUUUUCAUUCAGGCAUUGGCUUUUGACCUUUAUCUGAGUUUUACUACCAUGCUGUUAGUUGAUGCAUUUAGAGAUUACAAAAUUGGCAUUUAAUAAAAAAGGAAUUGUAUCUGAGCAGCUGAUCAAAUAUUCAGAGCCAAUCAAGGGCUUUUAUUUCUUUUUUCUACCUUAUUUGGUUGUUUGACCAGUUAAACCAGUAAACUUUUGUUUGGGAUAUGAAUUAAUUUGUUUAGUCUUAGUUAAAACAGGGCUGGUGACUCUUAUUCUUCACCUGUCUUUUCCUCUGGGUAUUGUGCAAAACUCUGGGAAAGCUGGUUGUAAUAGCACAUAUUUAUUUUUUUGAUUAUUCAGGUAUAUAAAGAGUGUACAGAAGAAGAAGAAAUCACUCUUUCACAGUUCUGUAAAUAAUCCAAAGAUUCAAACCAUGCAAUGUAGGAUUUGGAAAAACCUACUAUAGUUGUAUGAUUGGUUGUCUUGGUUUAACUGUUUUUACAUAGUAACAUAUUAUUUAAAGCCAGUAAGGCAAUUUCAGAGAAGUCAAACAUGUAAGUGAGUUAUUUUCUCUUUGGUGAGUUUAAGUGAGUAAAAUUGUUCUUUUAUGUUAUGAUUUCAGUACAACUCAUCUGAAUGUGUGCUGGCUUGAAAAUUGCCAGAGAUAAAAAGAUUUAUAUGUUUGCUCUACAUCUUUAUUUAUUAUCUAGAUUAUUAGUUUCUCAGUGGUGUUACAUAUCAUUUUUCAGCUUUGAAUAAAAAUGAAGAACUUUA